CCUAUUCUUGGAGAAAAUCCACAAGACAGGCCAGUGGGAUCUCUACAGACCUGGUGCUGACAUACUUCAGAACUGUUGCCUAAUUCGCAGCAGCCAUGAGUAAGUAUAUUGAUGAUAACCAGGUCAAGGAUUACCUGGUUCAGCUAAAAUGUCACUUUACAUGGGAACUGGCAAUUGAAGAAGCUGAAAUACCAGAUUUAGAAAGCAGGGUCUUGGAAGAGAUUGAGUUCCUUGACACCAAGUACAGUGUGGGAAUUCACAACCUUCUGGCCUAUGUGGAGCACCUGAAAGGCCAGAAUGACAAAGCUCUGCAGAGUCUGAAAGAUGCUGAAAGCUUGAUCCAGAGAGAACACACUGACCAGUCAGACAUGAGAAGCCUGGUGACCUGGGGCAACUACGCUUGGGUAUAUUACCAUGUGGGAAGGUUGGCAGAUGCCAAGAUGUACCUGGACAAAGUUCAGAAAGUUUGUAAGAAGUUUUCAAGUCCUUUUUACUAUAGGAUGGAGUGCCCUGAGUUGGACUGUGAGGAAGGGUGGGCCUUACUGAAGUGUGGAAGAAAGAAUUAUGAGCGGGCUCAGGCCUGCUUUCAGAAUGCUUUGGAAAUGGAGCCUGAAAACCCUGAAUUCAAUACCGGAUAUGCUAUCACCACCUAUCGUCUGGAUUACUUUAACACAGUCUACAAGAAUGGGGAAGCACCUUCGCUAGACUCCCUGAAAAAGGCCGUGAGGCUGAAUCCUGAAGAUACAUACAUCAAGGUCCUCCUUGCCCUGAAACUUCAGGAUAUGGGACAGCAAACUGAAGGGGAAAAGUACGUUGAAGAAGCUCUAAGCCACAAGUCCUCCCAAACCUACAUCUUUCGGUAUGCAGCCAUCUUUUAUCGCAAAGCAAGCUGCGUGGAUAAAGCUCUUGAGCUCCUGCAAGAGGCCUUGCAGGCAAUACCCGACUCUGCUUUCCUGAAUCAUCAGGUAGGGCUUUGCUACAGAGCAAAAGUAAUGCAAAUAAAGAAAGCCACAAACAUGCAGCCAAGAGGCCAGGAUAGAGAGGAUAUGGACGAAUAUAUACGAUUAGCCAUAUUUUAUUUGAAAUUUGCUCUGAAACAAAAGCCCGUAUUUGAUAUUGCUCUUCUACACCUGGCACUUAUGUAUAUUGAGGCAGGGAAAUACAGAGAAGCUGAAGACACUUUUCAAAAGUUACUCUCCAUGACACCACAUGAGAAAAGCAUACUACAAAGGGGACAUUUCUCCUAUGGCAAAUUUCAUGAAUAUCAAAGGAGAUCGGACACUGAUGCAAUUAGGCAUUAUUUAAAAGCAACACAGAUAGGAGAGCUAUCAUUUAUAACAGAUAAAAGUAUUAAUUCUUUGGAGAAAUUGGCUUUAAGGAAACUUCAGAGAAAUGCAUUUGACACGGAAGGCCUGAGCCUCCUGGAAUAUGUCCACAAAUUGAAAGGAAAAAGGAAUGAAGCCCUGGAAUACUCUGAGGAGGCCCUGAGCCUGGCUCCUCACUCUGAGGAAGCUGGAGGAAGUGAUCCCUAGGUGCUGAAAUCUCAGCCACUUUGACUUUUCAUUUGCUUUUCCAUUAAUAUUUACUCGGUUUAUUGUUUUUAGAAACAUGUAUUAUGUAGCUCAGUGUAAUGAUGUAAUGUUUGAACCAUUUCUCAAACCUGGAGAAACAUCAUUAGUUGUAUUCAGGAAAUAGUGAAACAGAAUAUGUGUGUGUGGGGGGGGAAUUGAUCAUUUAUGUGACUGCUAUAGAGUAGAAAAAAACUUGCUGAGCACAUUUGUAGCAAAUAAAAUUCUAGGUUUUUUUUUU